AUGGAUAAUCCAAAUGAAACACUUGCUACGCUUCUAAAUGCGCCCAUACACGCUGAUUAUGCUGAUUACUUCAAUCCAUCACACUUGCAAUAUCAUCAUCACCAUUAUUUUCAUGGUGCCAAUCGAAUGUAUCAAACACCAACCGCAUCUUACUUUACACCUGAACAGUUUGAUACUCAACAACAGCAGCAACAACAACAACAACUGACUACUGAUCAUCAUUCUCAUCAACUAUACUCAUCAUCAACAGCAAAUCCAAGUUAUUUGUCACAUCCUUCUGCGGCAGAACUUUAUCAUUCUCAAUAUCAAUCAUCAGCAUCAUCAUCGACACUUCUUACACAUUUACCCAACUAUGAAACUUACACGUCACCAGCCCUUCUAACAAACAUUGAUCAACAACAACAGCAGCUUCAGCAAUCACAUCAAAAGUCGAAUCUGAUCAAGUAUGAACCUGAUCAGGAUCUGAGCAAUAAUUUAAGUGAUCAAAGCGGCGGUGAAGAUCUCGGUUGUAAUGACGAUGAGAAGAAAUCAUCGAAUAGAAAGUCGAAAUGCAACACUUCGGCGAAUAAUAGUGCAAAUGGUCGACAACGUCGUCAACGCACACAUUUUUCUAGUCAACAAUUAACCCAACUAGAGCAAACCUUCACAAUAAAUCGGUAUCCUGAUUUAGCAACACGUGAAGAUAUUGCGGCAAUGACGAAUUUAACAGAAGCGAAAGUUCGUGUUUGGUUUAAAAAUCGUCGUGCUAAAUGGCGUAAACGUGAAAGAAACAUGGAUCAUCUACGAAACUUUUCUCAUAUUGUUCCACCGUUUGACAUGUACUCUCAUCAUCAACCACCUCCAUCAUUCAUGUCCACUUAUCCUACAAAUCCGAAUUGGGAUCCAAUUAAAUCACCUUGCAGUCCAAAGUCUUCCCAAUCAUCGCCCAAUCCAUCCAGUUCAUAUCAACCAUCAACCACAGCAACAACAGCAGCAGUCGCCGUAGUCACUAAUUCGACUCCUUGGACACUUCCACCAAUGACUUCAUUAACCCAACCAUUGCCUAUAACAAAUAAUUAUAGUGAUACAUCAUCACCAGCACCUCCUAAUGCAACGAUCACAUCGUCUUCAUACUAUUCUCUCACAGAUACCAAUCCGAGUAUGUAUACGCAUAAUACCAAUCUUAUGGAACCUCUCUCGUCUCAUCCAUUGACACAAGUUCUUAAGAAUAAAGCAAAACAAAAUGGCUCUAGUUUUCAGUUGUACGAAAGUUCAAUAGCAGCACAGAAUGGAUUCUUCUCGGAAACAAAUUAA